CAGUGUAAAUUGCGUAAUCAAAUAUGGCGACGUUUGCCCCUAAAGAAGUGAGAACAAAAGGUCGUUUAUCAGGCAAGAUCGCGAUCCUGACUGCAGCUGCACAAGGCAUUGGACGUGCUACUGCUAUAGAAUUUGCUAAGGAAGGCGCACGUGUCAUUGCCACUGAUAUAAACGAAGAUAAAUUAUCAGAACUGAACGAAGUUCCUGGGAUAGAAACUCGGAGAUUGGACGUCACAGAUAAAGACGCUAUUGAGAGACUAGCAGACGAUUUUGUAAGGAUUGAUAUUCUGUUCAACUGCGCAGGUAUGUUUGUUUUGAAAAAAUAUUUGUCUGAAAUCAUAUCAGAUGAUUGGCAGAGGACCCCCCCCCCACUUUGUUUUCACCAUCUUGUGCCCCGAGUACUGAAUCAAGUGCCACACCACGCCUCUUUUGUACUGGGUAAUCAGCAUGCACCCUUGCCUCACAUGUUUUCUUUCUUUCCAGGAAUUGUUCACAAUGGUUCAGUUCUGGAUUGUGAAGAAAAAGAUUGGGACUUGAGUUUCAAUGUAAACAUCAAAAGCAUGUUUUGGACAUGCAAAUAUUUCAUCCCAAAAAUGCUAGUGCAAGGCUCGGGGUCGAUAGUCAAUAUGGGAUCUGUGGCAUCCAAUGUUCUCGGUGUAGUCAACAGAUUUGCAUACUCCGCAACCAAGGCUGCCGUCAGUGGGUUAACCAAGUCCAUUGCAGCAGACUUUGUAUCAAGGGGUAUUCGUUGUAACUGCAUAUGUCCAGCUCGUAUAGAGACACCAUCACUCUGUGGUAGGCUUGAUGCAGCACCAAACCCACAAGAAGCAAGGGAGAAUUUUCUGAAGCAACAAAAGAUGGGGAGAUUUGGCAAACCAGAAGAGAUCGCAAAGUUAGCUGUAUAUUUGGCCUCUGAUGAAUCUGCAUUUACCACAGGGCAAGAAUUCAUUAUUGAUGGAGGCAUGACCUUGCCAUGAUCUGACGAUACAUUACGAUUUAAAUAAUAAUUAGGGGCAUCUCAAAAUCCAGGUGAAAUAUCAACUAAGACACUAUAGGCUACAUUGCACCUUUCCAGGAAAUUACAUCACUUUGGCCAUAGAGCCUUGUUUUCGUGUAGGUGAUAUUAGUCAAACCCAAAAAUCUGGAUCACGAAAAUGAGGCUCUAGAGCCAAAGUGACAUACUCUCUGAAGGGUGUAUUCUUUCAAUUUAACUCUUCAUGAAUUUGUAAUAAUGGUAACUUAAUUAUGAUCAAUAAAAGUCAAUAUUAAUAAAAAAAGUUCAAUUAAUAUAAACAGUGCAUGCAAAUUGUUCAAAUAAUAUAAAUUAAUAUAAAUUGUGCAUUAAUAUAUUCUAUUAAUAUAAAUAGUGCAUGCAAAAUAUUGUGUCUAUGUCUCUGUGUUGCAGCUAGUACAGGUUAAUGGCACCACCUUUCCACAUGAUAACAGUAUUAACACAACAUUCUCUUGUGUACAUGAAAGAAUUGCGUGUUAAUUCUCAUCAGCCUGAAAAAUAUCAGUGGAAGAAUCUGACGUUUCAAAAGAAGGUCCUUUUAAUAUCAGAGAGUUCAUAGGAUCUUCUCUACUUUUUCCUAAAAUAUCAGAACCAUGAGCUUAAUGCUUACAUUCUCAGACUGUCGAGAAUAAACACUCAACCUUAUAUCAUGCUCCUUCAUUACGUAUCUCAAAUGUAUCUCACAUAAGCUUCUUGAGGAACACGUCAAGUUCAAUUGAUUUACUCUUGACAUUCUCAUUUCUAUCGUUUCUCAGAAUCGCAAGAAUUCGGUACAACUCCCGCAGCAAGUCCUUGUGUUCAACACUCAGUUCCAACUUGCUUGUCUCUACAAGAGACAACAAACUUUUCCCCACUUCUAAACUAUUCAGACGAAUUGCAGCAUAUUUGACAUUCCCAAGACACAGGAAUAGUUCCGUUAGUACGGAUGUAACAAUUUUACCAAGAAAUUCUGGAUCUUCAUCGACUGUUACUUUCCCGAUGUAGCGAUUGAGAGAUUCCAAAAUAGCAAGCUGGAUCUUCCACGGGUGACUUUUAAGACAUGAAGUGAGGACAUUCAGCAUUUCUUCCCUCUGCUCUAGUUGCUGCUCUCUCUCCAACGGCCAAGCAGAUCCAAUACAUUCAAACGCAUUGAUGAGAAGGUUAGCAUCAGGUGUUUGCUCUUCUUCCUCCGACGGCUCGCCAUCAACCGGCAUCUUCUUUUCUGGGUUAACGAUUGGCUUAAGAAUAUCGUAGACUUCUCUAAAAGCAAUCACCUUCUUCUCUCCCAGUAUUUGACCAAGGCAUUUGAUGGCGUUGGCUUUGUAGGCUGGCUUUUGUUUCCGACACUCUUUUAAAACAGCCAGGGCUAUUUCUUUGUUGGUACCAUCCUCCAUAACGGCAUGACAUUUCACAAACACGGUCGCGAUGCACGAGUCUAUGCUUUCCUUGCCAUCCCAGGUUCGGCCUGAUAAACUUGACAGAAGAGCGGCGACUAUGCUAUCCAAGUGUUUCUUCGGCAGACCUUUAUGCAGUGUGGUAACCACAGUCUGAAUACUAUCAGCAGCUUCGACUUUACGUUCCCAAGACUGUCCCGAAAGCAGCAUGGACGAAAUCGAUACAAUCUCUUCAAGGUACAACUGAAUCCCUCUCGUGGAAACAGGAGUGUUUUCAGACCAGAUAUCAGUCCAUGGCGACUUGAUCCCAGUUUGCUUAUCCUUACGAUGCAUUGCAACGAAAGCGACAGGUAGGAUAGACGUUGCAUGAUGCGCCAUGACAUCUGGCGAUGAUCUUGCAAUUUCUUUACAAACCAAACCACAUGCAAUCUGCAGAGAUUCAUUUUCUUUUUCAAAAUACCACGAUUUCAUUUUGGCAAACAGCUUCGAAACGCUACUGUCUUUCGCAACUCUCACCAAAGAACCAAUAGCUUCGGCAUAUCUCUUGCAAACUGCUUUACUUCUGUCCGUCAGUCCCGACAACAAGGCACUUAGUAGUUUCCCAGCAUACGGUUGUAAAUCUUGACCACACUGCUGUACGAGAGAUACAACAAAACCUGCACAGCCUGCUUUAGUGCCCAAACCAAGACCACUACGCAACAGUUCUGCAAGACGAGGGACAAGCUCCUCAAGUACGGUUUUAUCCACGUGUUGAACACACAAUGAUACAGUCUCCAUCAUCGGGGAAGAUUUCGAAAACGAUAUUCUUGCAUCUUCAAGUUUUUCUUGCAUGUUGGGAUCUUUCUGGAGCUGAAAACUGAGGUAGUUCAAUUGUUGUGGCUCUAAACCGCUCAGGGAUUCUAGGAGAGUUACAACUAGAAUUGGGACGUGAGGUUUCAGAAGGCUUCCAGCAUUCUUACUGAUCUUGACAAUGGUGUGCAAGACAAGCUUGCGAAUAUCAUCAACUCGACUUGCAAGGCCUUGCUCAAGUAACACUGGCAAGAGGACACGGACUGCUUCUUGGCCAACUUUUCCUUGAUUGGCAUCACACCCGCGAAUGGAGACAGACUGUAGUGUCUUGCAUGCAACUUCAGCUGCCUUCCUAACGCUUUCCUUGAUAUCGUCCAUAUCCCUGAGGCACAUGGUCCACAGCUGAGGAAGGUAUUCAAGGAUACUGUCCAGUGAACGACCAUUGAGGAAGUUACCGACAGCAACACAACAAGAUUGCCGGACACGCCAGACAGUGUUGUGAAGGUUGGCCAGUAAUUCUGACAGAAUCUCUUGACUGUACUGAUCGACAACUUUAUGUUGGUCUUUCACUAUUGCAUGCCAGAUACUCAACAUUGCUUCACGAACUUUGCUGUUUGGGUCAAACUGAUACCUAGAAAUAAAAUAUUAGAAAAUAAUAUAUAUGUGGUCUGUGUGUUUGUAUAUACUGUAAUUUACUGUUGCACAGCUUUUUUGCACUCGUUUUGGUGUCACUAUUCUGAAUCUAAAUCUUCCUGUUCAUG